CCAGCACCGAGACCGAUCAAAUGUGCUCCGUAACCCUAAUGUUUUCUUUCCGUGUUGACCGCCAGUGAACCAUGAACCAAGUGAUUUUCAUUUUUUUUUGUCCGCGGCCAUGUAACCUGUUACCUUAUCAGUGCGAGGAAUUUGACUUUUGGUUGUAAAUUCUUGAUUAGAUAGAAGUAAGCCCACCUACUACAAUGUCUGCACAAAAUAAAAAAACUCAAACUACUCCCAAACCCUCAAACCCUCCUAAAACUUCAAGUAUUGCCAAAACUAAGCCCCCGACUAAUCCAGAUGUAGCCAAAGCCCAGAAGAAAAUGGAAGAAGUCCUAAUAACCAUCAACAGAGAUUUCAUCAGUCUACAAGAUGAAGAGUUGAAAUACAAUAACAUACUGCUAAGAUCAACUCUGGACAGUCUUAUAUUGAUAAUGCAAAAAGAAGAUCCCCUUUUCAAAACCCUCUUCGAAAGACUAUUUUACGGAGGAAGCUUCUACGACAACCUAAAAGUUCAAAAUCCUGACGAAUUUGAUAUUCAUUUGCUCAUGGUUUUGCCUUCAUGCGAAAUCCACAAAUCCAACACCUGUAAAUGUGUUAGAGUUGAACGCAGUGACAGAUGCGGAUAUGUUUGGUUCAAAACGGAUAAAACUUAUUACGCCGCCAUAAGCAGCUGGAUAGAUUCUAAAGGUUUCGUGCAAACGAAUCUAGUUCUUAACUGGUUAAAAGGCGUGCUCAAUAGAGCCCUUAAUACGCUCAAAACUGACCAUUAUAGCAAAGCCAAUGGUGGACCUAAAUACCAUUCCGAAUCUGGUCCAGCCCUUACAUUACGUCUUCAAGGCAAAUAUGGUCCUAUAGACAUCGAUAUGGUUGCAGCAUUCAAAUUUGGUCCUAAAUAUUGGCCAGAGGCACCUUUUAGAAAAAAUCCUGUAGCAAGCAAGCCAAAUUUCUUCAUUGUUCCAAAAAAAGCUAAGAAUUUCCCACAGGCUGAAAAGUAUUGGCGUUGUUCGUUCCAGGAUCAAGAAAGGGAAUUGUUAGAAAAACAAGCACGUCUCAAACCCGCCUUAAGGCUGUUGAAAAAAACGAGAAAUAAUUUGAAACACGAUGCAGUAUCCAGUUACGCUCUUAAAAACAUAGCACUGAACCAAGACGCUGGAUUUUUCGAUAAUAGAAAAACUCUUAGCGAAACUUUUAUGGGACUUUUGGAACAAUACCGGGUGUGCUUGAAAAACCAAAACAUUUCGAACUAUUGGUACAAGAAAGAGAAUUUGAUUGGCGACAAAAAUCCUGAGACUUUAAAGAUUUUUUAUAAUGAAAUCGAAAGGAAAAUGAAGCAAAUUGAGAGGGAGCAAACGACGAAUCCUGCAGUUGUGGCUAAAAUUAUUUUGAAAGAAGGAAGUCAGGAGUAUGAAAGUUUCAUGAAAACAUUUGGGAAGUGAUUGUUUUAACUUUAUUCAGAUUGUUUUUAGUAUGUAUCUUGUUUUUUAAUGAGUAUGUGUAAGUACGUUUAAUAUGUGUAUUGUAUUUUUAUGGAUCAUUAUCUUCUGUUUCUACAAAUAAGAAAUGACUUUAAUAAACCAACUAGUAACAGUC